CAACUGCCAUUGAAAAUAACAGAAGCAGUGUUCCAUGCAAAUUUGAAUAAGCAAGCAAGCAAAACUGAUUAUGAAUUUGGUUGCACUCUGGAAGAGCUACGGCAGCUUAUGGACACGCGGCGUGCGGAAGCAGUCGUCAAAUUGAACAACGACUACGGUGGAGUGGAGGAACUGUGCAGGAAGUUGCAUGUUGAUCCCGCAAAGGGUAUUUCUAGUGAUGCACAAGAACUUGCAAAGCGUCGUGCCAUUUUCGGUGCCAAUACAAUCCCUGCGCCUUCAUCAAGAUCAUUCAUUCGUUUAAUCUGGGAAGCAUCCAAGGAUCCAACACUCGUAAUCCUACUUGUUGCCGGUUUCAUAUCAUUAGCUCUGUCCUUCUACGCUCCAGCAUCUGACCAGGACGACGAACAACUUUCAGCUUAUGUCGCCCACUCUUGGCCUAGUUAUUUAAAUCCCAACGUGACAUUCAACCAUAAUACAACCUACUCAAAAGGUUCAAUACCACACUUUACGCACUCAGAAAUGCAAAAGGACGAAGAACAUGGUACAGCCUGGAUUGAAGGAGCGGCAAUUCUGAUAUGCGUGAUUGUUGUUGUGCUUGUCACUGCAAUCAACGAUUAUUCCAAGGAGCGGCAAUUCAGAGGACUCCAAGAGAAAAUCGAAACUGGGCAUAAAUUCUCCGUGAUACGCAGCGGUGAACCAGUGGAUGUUCCUGUUGCCGAUCUUGUUGUUGGUGAUGUUGCGCGGGUUAAAUACGGAGAUUUGCUUCCUGCUGAUGGGUUCAUAAUUCAAAGCCAUGAUCUCAAAGUAGACGAAUCACCACUUACGGGAGAAUCCGAGCACGUGUCAAAAGGUGUUGAUCAUGACCCUGUCCUUCUGUCAGGAACCUAUGCGAUGGAGGGAAGUGGAAAAAUGUUAAUAACGGCGGUUGGUGUGAAUUCUCAGUCUGGCAUUAUCAUGGCACUUCUUGGUAGAGGCAAAUUACCAGACAACAUAAGUGAAUCCUCGAGUGGUUAG